UCUGUCUCCCGCCAAAACAUGAAACCGAAACCAGAUUCUCCGGUCUCCAUGAUCGAUCCCUCACUCCUGUUGAGGCCUGAGAAGGUCUACGACGGGAAACCAGUGGACGCGUUCAGGAAUUACGACAUUGAUGAAAGUGAUCCGAUCAAAGAACGCGUCAGAAGGACUUAUUAUGAGAUGCAUACUAAACAAACCGUGGAUUUUGUUAAGGGUCGUAUGGACGACUGGUUGAAAUUCAACCACUUCAAGAUGUCAGUGAAGGAUGCCCUCAUCAAGUUGAACGAGCUGGUGGACGAGUCAGACCCUGACACCGACCUCCCAAACAUUGUGCACGCCUUCCAAACUGCUGAGAGGAUCCGGGAGGAGCACCCUGACGAGGACUGGUUCCAUCUUAUUGGACUGAUCCAUGACCUUGGAAAGGUGAUGGCAUUCUACGGUGAGCCUCAAUGGUGUGUGGUGGGAGACACAUUCCCUGUGGGCUGCAAGUGGGGGAAAUCUAUCGUUUAUGGAGACGACAGCUUCAAGGACAACCCUGAUACCUACAAUCCUAAGUACAACACUGAAUGCGGUAUGUACGAGCCAAACUGCGGUCUGGAGAACCUGAUGAUCUCGUGGGGACACGACGAGUACCUGUACCGGGUGCUGGUGCAUAACAAGUCCAAGUUCCCCAAGGAAGGACUCUUCAUGAUCAGAUACCAUUCUCUGUACCCUUGGCACGCGGGCGGAGACUACAAACACCUCAUGAAGGAGGGAGACGAGGAGAUCAUGAAGCAUGUCCUGGAGUUCAAUAAAUAUGACUUGUACACCAAGAGUGCAGCUAUCCCUGACAUUGAAGCCCUAUGGCCAUACUACGAAAAACUGAUUGAAAAGUACAUCCCAGGUGUUUUGGAGUGGUAGACGAAAAUAUACUUUAAAUCAACUGACACUAGGAGCAAAAUUGAGUUUUAUUUACUAAAUACAUAUUGGUGAAUUGUUGGUUUCUUUUCAAAUGAUCCAGAUUAAUAAAAUGACAAUA